AUCGGCGCUCGGACGGACCCCAGGAUCUCUUAAAUCCGGAAUGUGAGGCCUUGGCUGGGCUUCUCUCGCUUGGUGGCCCGCUCUUUAUCCAGGCCUGUGCCCGCUGCCCUCCGGCUGGCCCCUGCAGUAGCCAGGGCGACAGUGGCCUUGCGUCGUGUGCCCGCGUGGCUGCCACCGCCCCUCCGAAUCCUCCGGGGCCGCCGAGGAGUUCGCUACGGAGGGAGGCGGGGGCCUUCGGGAGGAGGAGGCGGAGGAGGCGGAGGAGGAGGGAAGGAAGAUGGCGGCCGUGGAACUAGAGUGGAUCCCGGAGACUCUCUAUAACACCGCCAUCUCCGCUGUCGUGGACAACUACACCCGCUCCCGCCGAGACAUCCGCUCCUUGCCCGAGAAUAUCCAGUUCGAUGUUUACUACAAGCUUUAUCAGCAGGGACGCUUAUGUCAACUGGGAAGUGAAUUUUGUGAAUUGGAAGUUUUUGCUAAAGUAUUGAGAGCUUUGGAUAAAAGACAUUUGCUUCAUCAUUGUUUCCAGGCUUUGAUGGAUCAUGGCGUGAAAGUCGCUUCAGUCUUGGCCUACUCAUUCAGUCGACGGUGCUCUUAUAUAGCAGAAUCAGAUGCUGCAGUAAAAGAAAAGGCCAUUCAAGUUGGUUUUGUUUUAGGUGGCUUUCUUUCCGAUGCAGGCUGGUACAGUGAUGCUGAGAAAGUUUUUCUGUCCUGUUAUCAGUUGUGCACUAUACAUGAUGAGAUGCUUCAUUGGUUUCGUGCAGUAGAAUGUUGUGUGAGAUUGCUUCAUGUGCGAAAUGGAAACUGCAAAUACCAUUUGGGUGAGGAAACAUUUAAGUUAGCUCAGACAUUUAUGGAUAAACUGUCAAAACAUGGCCAGCAAGCAAACAAAGCAGCACUCUAUGGAGAAUUGUGUGCUCUCCUGUUUGCAAAAAGUCACUAUGAUGAGGCAUAUAAAUGGUGCAUUGAAGCAAUGAAAGAAAUCACAGCUGGCUUGCCAGUCAAAGUUGUGGUAGAUGUUUUAAGACAAGCUUCUAAGGCUUGUGUAGUGAAACGUGAAUUUAAAAAGGCAGAACAGUUAAUUAAACAUGCAGUGUAUUUGGCACGAGAUCAUUUUGGACCCAAACACCCGAAAUACUCUGAUACGCUUUUAGAUUAUGGGUUCUACCUACUCAAUGUAGAUAAUAUAUGUCAGUCUGUUGCAAUUUACCAGGCAGCCCUUGAUAUUCGGCAGUCAGUAUUUGGUGGCAAAAAUAUCCAUGUAGCAACAGCUCAUGAAGAUUUGGCUUAUUCUUCAUAUGUUCACCAGUAUAGUUCUGGGAAGUUUGACAAUGCACUAUUUCAUGCAGAAAGAGCUAUUGGUAUCAUUACCCACAUCCUACCUGAAGAUCAUCUUCUUUUGGCUUCUUCAAAGAGGGUGAAAGCACUUAUUUUAGAAGAGAUUGCCAUUGACUGUCAUAAUAAAGAAACUGAACAGAGGCUACUUCAAGAAGCUCAUGAUUUGCACCUAUCUUCACUCCAACUAGCUAAGAAAGCUUUUGGGGAAUUUAAUGUACAGACUGCUAAACACUACGGAAACCUUGGUAGACUCUAUCAGUCAAUGAGAAAAUUUAAGGAAGCUGAAGAAAUGCACAUCAAAGCAAUUCAAAUUAAAGAGCAACUUCUUGGUCAAGAAGAUUAUGAAGUAGCCCUUUCAGUGGGACAUCUGGCUUCUUUAUAUAAUUAUGACAUGAAUCAAUAUGAAAACGCUGAGAAACUUUAUUUGCGAUCUAUAGCGAUUGGGAAGAAACUUUUUGGUGAAGGCUACAGUGGACUAGAGUAUGAUUACCGAGGUCUCAUUAAACUGUACAACUCUAUUGGGAAUUAUGAGAAAGUGUUUGAAUAUCACAAUGUUCUAUCUAACUGGAACCGGUUGCGAGAUCGACAGUACUCGGUGACCGACGCUCUUGAAGAUGUCAACACCAGCCCCCAGUCCACUGAAGAAGUGGUGCAGUCCUUCCUGAUUUCUCAGAAUGUUGAGGGACCCAGCUGCUGAGGAAAUGACCUCAGUUAACCAAUUUAUCUUUUCCCAGAUUCCAGGGAAUUCAUACUGUGAAAUCAAACCAUGUUGUUUUUUUGGGGCUGGAAUUUGCAUUGAAACACUGGUCCAGUCCAUUGAAGACCCUAUUUGGGUGGUCCCUAUCUUGCAGAGUGUCUGUAGGAAUAAGCAUAUAUUCAGUUAUAUUCAGCAUGUAUCGCAUGUACAAGUAGUCUGGCCCACAUUUUCAACCUACUAGAACAUACAACAGAAAACAUUUUUUCCCUUCUUUUUAAAAAAUAAUUCAUUUUUGCAGAAAGCCUGAAA